AUGAGCUACGCAACUGAAUUGCUCGAUGGCUUUGACAACUUGUACAAGAGAACAGAGGGUGUUCUCAAGUGCAACACAGAGAUGGGUGGCUUCUUUAGGAAGUUGUCACAACUCGAGGCUGAAUACUCAAAGGACUUGCUCAAACUUGUAAAGUCAACUGGUCAGAAGAAGUUGUUGACUAAUCCAUUCCUUGAUGGAUCAUUGAAAGAGUCAUGGAGGAUCACAUUGAAUGAGAUGGAGAUCGUUGGUAACCAACAUACUACCUUUUCAAACUUGACAAACGACUUGGCCAAUCUAGUCGACAAGCUUGUCAAGGAUAAGGAGAACACUAGGAAGAAGUUGACAAACGAUGGAUUAAAGUUGACAAAGGAUAUGAAGACACAGUUGGAUUCAUUGACAAAGGCUAAACAGAACUAUCACAAAUUGUCAAAGGAGGCAGAGCUUGCACAGACUUCUUUGACAAAGGGUCAAGCCGACCCAAAGAUGAAGCAGGAUAAGGUGUCCCAGCUCAGCACCAAGGCCUCCCAGGCCUCUGAAAAGGCCAACCAAUCCGACCAAGAGUACAGAGAUUGUCUCAGCGCUACAAACUCCAAGCAGAAUGAAUAUUAUACCAAUGAGAUGCCAGCUCUCCUAAAGGAGUUCCAAUUGUUUGAGGAGGAGCGUAUUGCAGCAUCAAAGGACAUAAUGCAAAAGGUGGCACUAUAUAUUAAGGAGAUACCACCCGUUGUCACUCAUGCAUGCGAGGCCAUUCAUCAGGCUGCUGACGCCAUCGAUCAAGAUGCUGACAUUAGACAGUGGGUCUCUGACAACAAGACCAACGUCACACCACCUCCAGCCAUCGACUACUAUCCAUUCGAUGGUGAGGCUCAACCUGCCUCCCCAUCCAACAACUUUAGAAUCGGUUCCUACAAGACAUCUGGACCGAACCAAAAGGAAUGGGGACUCACAGCCAAGGACGCUGGCUUGAAUCCAGAUCAGAAGCUUCAGAAGCUAGAGGCACAGAUCAAUGAGAUAUCCAACACGAUAAAGCAGGAGAUUCAGGCUAGAGCAGGCAUUGAGAAGUUGGUACAGUUCUACGCCAACGAUCCAAAGGAGCAGAAGAAGUCAGAGAACGAGCUUGUUGAGGCCGACAAGAGAAUCGCCGCGCUGAAAGAGUCUCAGCGUUUGGUCACACAGCAGGUGGAGGAUCUGAGCCGUGCGCCUGCGAGUGGAGGCGAUGGCGGCGCCAGCGCAACAGCCGCCAGCAGCAGAGUGGUCCGUUGUCGUGGUCUCUACGAAUACGAGGCAUCGUGCGACACUGAGUUGAGCUUCAAGGAGGGCGACAUCCUGACCGUGAGUGAGCAGGACUCCAGUGGAUGGUGGUUUGCCGAGCUCAAUGGCGUGACUGGAUUCGUGCCACAGAACUACGUCGAAGAGAUCAAGGAGUAA